AUGGCAUCCUUCAGACCCAAAUUCCAAAUUUCCGGUGUAAAAUUCAUAAAGGAAAGCUAUAAUCCCUCAAUAUUGCUCAGAAGUCCUGUGAUAACAUGUAUCGGGCCCAACGUAGAUGCCCGAUCUUUCUGGUUCUGGAAGAAGAAACCGGUCGAAUAUGGUAGCGGGAACUGUGGGUUGCCAGUGCCACCUCGCGUAGAUCUCAUUUGCAAGGGUUGCGAGUCCAAGUGUAUCGAAUUUGAGGAAAUAAAAAAGAAGAGAAAAUUUUUCACGUUUAAAAAGAAGCCAGAGCCGAAAAAGAAGCCAGAUAAUUGCAAGGAGGAGGAGAAACCGGUGGAGGAGAAAUACACGUUGUGGGAGACGAUCUUUGGGCCAAAUCCGAAAAGGUUUUGGCCUGAUCCGUGUACUUGUAAACUGGCGCUCAGGGAGAAGAGAAAUAAAAGGAUAUGCGAUCCGAGGUUGCAGGAUUCACGAUACGAAUUGACAGCUGGGGAUGUCUUUUUGUAUACAGAAACAUUAAAAUCGUAUCCAAAAGGUUGCAUAGAACCUCAACCGAAGCCUCCACCAUCCUACAAGGUACCUAGAGCGGCACUGUCCAAAAUGUUGAGCUCGGCCAAUUUGGUAAGCGUUGGUUUCCUUAUUUUCUUUUUUCAACGAAAUUUGGAAAUAGAUUUUUUUUUUUUCGAACAAAUUACAUCGAUGAACCGCAUGAUAAUCAAUCAGCUAAACGAAGGUAAAGAAAGUUCGAAACAUUUGGAACCAUGUAGAAUGCCGUAUGAUGAAUUGAGGCCGCCUCAGAAAAAAAGAAAAGCAUUUAAUUGUCUAUCGGGAGUUCGAUCAGAAGAUAUUAUUCGACCAUUGAAUAACGAUUUUCAUUCUCAUAAAAUUUCCCAACAACAAGUGACGGAAAAACCAGAAAUAUUGAAAAUUUGCGAGCAAGCUAGACAAAAGAAAGCAUCAUCCGAUAAGAAAAUCGACUCGAAUGAAAUUGGUCAAAAAUUAUCUAGAAUAGAGCAAUUGAAAAUGCAAAUUAAACAAAAAGAUAUGUUUGAUUAUACUUCGUGUCCUCCCUCUAUAUGAAUGAAAUUAAAAUUCAUUUUGCUGUGACUAAAUAACCAAACGUAACUUCAAAAACAAAUUUGGAAACGUAUGUUAAUAUAAAGAUAUAAAUUAUUGUACGUCGCACGAUUAAAUUAUAUAUGUGAAAUAUUAUUCGUAUGUUCAAAAGAAAUAAUCUGUAAUAUUAUCGAAAAGGUAAAGAAAAAAUAU